AUGGCCUCCAGUUUUGAUUCUUCCCUCAAUCUUGGUGCCGCUCCGCAGCAAUCUCAAGGUUUCAGCUUUCGACUUUUCAGAUAUCCGACUGUGGCAAUUGCACAUGUCGCAUUUCGUUCAGCGGCUCUAUUUUUCUACGUGUUUUGUACACAGCUCACUUCGUCAUUCAUCGUUCAAUUCUUAAUUUUGUUAACCUUGCUUUCUAUGGACUUUUGGACGGUGAAAAAUGUCACGGGUCGUUUGAUGGUUGGAUUGCGUUGGUGGAAUUUCGUCGACAGCGAAGGAAAGAAUCAUUGGAAAUACGAAAGCAGCAAGGACCCUUCAAAGUUUCCGGCACUCGAUAGAAACUUCUUCUGGCUGGCUCUAGUGGCAGCUCCAUUAGCAUGGUCAUUCUUUGUCGCCCUUGCGUUCAUGUUCUUACACUGGCAGUGGGCUGUGGUGGCAUUGCUUGGAUUCGUAAUGACUUCUGCAAAUUUGUAUGGAUAUUUGCGCUGCCGUUGGGCUGAUACAAAUCAAUUUACCAGCGCUGUUAGCAAAUGGGCUUUUUUGAAUAUGCUACGCCGUCAAACCGCUCCUUCUCAAACUCAAUCCACUCAGUUGAAUUACUUAGGAAGCACGAUGAUAGUUGAAAAGCCGAUACAAGAGCCCACGAAUAGCAGACUCACCCCGUCUGGUUCACAAAACAAUCUUGGUUUUUCGCGUGCAUCCUCUUCAGAUUCGUCUUCUAACUCGCCUUCUAGAGAAAUCGUCGAUAUCAACUCGCUCAUUAAUCCUUCGACAAGGUAUGCGUUUUGCCAAUUGGCAGCAACUGUGUUGAAACUCGAUUUUUUGGAUCAAGAUGAUUCCACGUCAAUUUUAUAUUGUAAACAUGUUUUACAAGUUGUUUUGGAAUAUCUGGCAAUUCCUGUGAAGUCCCGAAAAAUUUUCACAUCUUAUUUGGAGGAAGAUGUCGACUUUCCAGAUGUGGCCACGCUAAUAAUUUCGAUUAAAGAGGAUGUGGUAGUGGUUAAAAGAGGAACAAAUUUGUUUUUGUCAUACCUUCUCUAUCAAUUUGUUGCCACAAGUCAUUACGACAGCCGCACCCGUGUUUUGUUGCGACACCUAUCCACCUUAUUGGCCGUUGUAUGGGAAGAAUUUGAAGAAAUUGAGAACUCUUUGGUUUCGCUCAUGCUUGAUGAAUUUGUGGAAAGCGAGCAGUCGAUUAAGGCACGAGAAAAGAUAGCAAAAAGCAAGAAACUCAAACGGUAUCUAAUGAUUGGAGCUGCUGGCGGAGUCGGUGGAGUGCUUAUAGGUCUAACUGGUGGUCUAGCUGCUCCUCUUGUUGCCAUCGGCGCGGGAGCAGUUCUUGGAGGAGCAGCAACAGCUGCAAUUGGAACGACCGUUGGGGCGGCAAUUUUGGGGACAACUUUUGGAGUCGCAGGCGCUGGUCUAGCAGGAUAUAAAGCUAUGGAAUAUCUUGUUAGUGCUGCUGCAAGCGCCGGAAUUCAACAAGCAUUGAUGCAGACAGCUUUAGCCGGGUUGGUAGCAGCAGUUGCAUGGCCGGUGGCAAUUCUUUCGUGUGCGAGUGUCCUUGAUAACCCAUGGAAUGUUUCUAUCGCAAGAAGUGCCGAGGUUGGCGAGCAACUGGCGGAGGUUUUGCUUUCCCGCGCUCAAGGGUCGCGCCCGAUUUCGCUUGUCGGUUAUUCGCUUGGCGCACGGGUGAUUUUUCACUGUCUCAUGGCAAUGAGCAAACGAACUGACUCUGCAGGAAUCGUGGAAGAUGUUGUCUUACUAGGUGCUCCAGUUUCUGCAUCCGCUAGUCAAUGGUCACAAAUUUCUCACGUUGUCGGCGGCCGCAUCAUUAAUGGCUAUUGUGAAACAGACUGGCUUUUGAGAUUUGUGUACCGUACAAUGUCGGUUCAAUUUGCGAUUGCUGGAACGUCUGCAAUAAACAUCAAGAAUCGCAAAAUUGUCAACUACAAUGUUUCGCAUAUCGUGAAAGGACAUAUGGAUUAUUCGAAGAAAUUGACAGAGAUCUUGAAAGCAGUCGGUGUUCGCACAACUCCACAUUCAGCUGAAUCCGAGAAUUCGUUAUGUACUUUGUGUGAUGAGGCGACGGAAAUUAAAGAACAACAUGAACCUGUCGUGGAUCCAACACCUGCUAUACAUGUUUCGCCAGAAGAAAUUAAAGUGCACGAUCAUGCGUUUCACGAGUAUGACAAUUCUUAUUCUAAUUUGCCCCGUAACCCACAGACU